AUGAUCAACUCCGUUGCUAUUCUGGCUCUUGCCAGCCCGGCUUUCGCCGGUAUCAUGCAGGCUCGUGGCGAGCAGUUCAUUCGUCCUGGCUCUCAGACCGCUGCUUCCGUUGCAGCCCCUGCCCAUACUCAGGGCUGGGGCGACCACGAUGAGGGCUGGGGCGAGAGCUGGUCCAAGCCCGCCCACCACGUCUCGACCCACGACUCCUGGGGCAAGACCACCGAGUCGUGGACCACCCCGUGCACCACCUCAACCACCCCGGUGCCUGAGCACACCACCACCACUCCAUGCACCACCUCGACUACCCCGGUGCACGAGCACACCACCACCCCAGUGUCUAACACCACCACCCCAUGCACUACCUCGACCACCCCGGUGCACGAGCACACCACUACCCCAGUGGCCAAUACCACCACUCCAUGCACCACCUCGACCACCCCGGUGCACGAGCACACCACUACCCCAGUGGCCAAUACCACCACUCCAUGCACCACCUCGACCACCCCGGUGCACGAGCACACCACCAAGCCCCACGUCCCCGUGAAGCCUGGUACCACCAAGACGCUCACUUAUGUGACCACCAGCUGCCCUGUCACCUCGUCUACCAUCACCUCUGGAUCUAAGACCUGGACCGUUCCUGUCACCGAGACUAACACCAUCACUAUCACCAAGACCACUGUUUGCACCAUGUGCGAUGAGAAGCCUGUGACCUUCCACAAUGCUACUCAGCCUGCCACCGGAGGUCCUACCGCCCCUAUUCUGAAGCCCACCGGAGAUGUCGUGAUUCCCAGUCACUCCAAGCCCGUUGAGACCAAGCCCGUUGAGACCAAGCCUGUCGAGACCAAGCCUGUCGAGACCAAGCCUGUCGAGACCAAGCCUGUCGAGACCAAGCCUGUCGAGACCAAGCCUGUUGAGACCAAGCCCGCUGAGACCAAGCCCGCUGAGACCAAGCCCGCUGAGACCAAGCCCGCUGUCCCUGCUGAAACCAAGCCCGCCGAGACUAAGCCCGCUGUCCCCGCUGAGACCAAGCCCGCCGUCCCUGCUCAGUCCAACCCUGCUGUUCCUGCUCAGUCCAACCCUGCUGUUCCUGCUCAGUCCCAGCCUGCCGUCCCUGCUCAGUCCAACCCUGCUGUUCCUGCUCAGUCCAACCCUGCUGUUCCUGCUCAGUCCCAGCCUGCCGUCCCUGCUCAGUCCAACCCUGCUGUUCCUGCUCAGUCCCAGCCUGCUGUCCCUGCUCAGUCCCAGCCUGCCGUCCCUGCUCAGUCCAACCCUGCUGUUCCUGCUCAGUCCAACCCUGCUGUUCCUGCUCAGUCCCAGCCUGCUGUCCCUGCUCAGUCCCAGCCCGCUGUCCCCAAGCCUGCCCAGAGCGAGCCCGCCGUCCCCAAGCAGACUCAGCCCGCUGUCACCCCCUCCAACCCCGAGCAGCCCUCCACCCCUGAGCAGAACGGUGCUUCUCCCUCUUCCAACGAGUUCACCGGUGCUGCCUCCAGCGUCAAGCCCGCUGUCGGUGUCCUUGCCGGUGUUGUUGCCCUCAUGGCUCUCCUGUAA